CAAUCAAAGCGAUGAAUCGUCUCUGGUGUUCUCUAUUUAUCAUUGCAUUGUGCAUAGGGUUAAGUAACGCCUUAAAGAAAAAUUCUGUACAUUUUAAGAAUUCUCUUGGUCAAAAUAACAUUCUUAGGAUUCAUUGUAUAUCCGAUGAAGAUGAUCUAGGCUACCACAAUUUGAGCCCUGGACAAACUUAUGAUUUUAGUUUUCAUGAUAGUAUUGCGGGAACGAGGAUCAAUUGUGACUUAUGGCAGGGACUUGAUUACAGGUUUCAUGCACAUUUCCUGGCAUAUGAUGGUGACAUACUCAUACCUUCUUUUGGUAGAAAUAACUUUUGGGAUGCUAGAGAAGAUGGGAUUUACUUCACACAUGAUAUACUAAUUGUACCCAAGUUAAAGUAUAAAUGGGAUUUACUUCCUUUCUUGAAAUAGAUACCAAACUAUUAAAUAAAAACAUUGGAAUCCAU